AACAUCAUACACAUAUAGGCUACUUGCAAUACUUUCAUCUUUUUUAAACGUAUAUCAAUUUCCCCGUCUGUUUAUCUUUAAUCUUUUCACGUGCACGUUUUUUGCAUGGCGCGUGUACGAUAGACAAAAUAGUUAUCGAUGUUAUCUCAUGGCAUUCGGUCUGAUUUGCCAUCCUUGAAGAUGAGGGUGAGAGAAGACAAGGUCCUGGUUCCUGAAGGACUUGUGUGAUAGAACUCCUCCCUGCUUUGAUUAUUUGGAACAGGUCCUCCCCAGCUACUCAAGAGCAUUCAAACACUACUGCAGUUUCCAUCCACCCAGCAUUCAUAUACUGCAUGGGGAUUACUGUUACCGGGCAUUACCAAACUGGAUUCUUAUAAAACAAGAAGACAUUUUUUGGUUGUCAGGUUAUUUUGGUCUGUCAAGAAAUCAGUCGAUAUCGAACUACAAAAUGUACCGGGUCCCUGAGUGAAAAUACAACGCAAUAAUCUUAAUAAAAUCAACCAAACGUGCAUUUAUACUAAACUUCAUCGUUAAAAGGGACAGGACAGCGUCAGUUUCACCCCUGUUGCUUGAUCUCAUCCGUUUCGCCUGCUAGGACCUGUGAUGUGUAAACUGGAAUUAUUGUGCGUUGUGUGGUGUGCUCUUUCUUCUAGUUUAGCCGUGCCAUCUGAGUCAAUUGCCAGUACAUUGAAAGAUGGCAAACCUGGAAAUAAAGAAAAGGAUAUUGAACGAAAUGUGAUUCUUGAUGAGGAGACGGACAAGCAGGAUAAUAUCCUUACACAGCUGCUGGGUGAUUAUGACAAAGUGAAAGCGCUUUCGGAAGGCUCUGACUGUCGCUGUAAAUGUGUUGUCAGACCCCUGAGCAGGAGCGCCUGCCGGCGGAUCCAGGAAGGCAGCGCCAAGGCACAAGAUUUUUACACAGUGGAGACUGUGACAUCGGGGCCGGACUGCAAGUGCGCGUGUAUUGCCCCCCCUUCGGCUUUGAACCCCUGUGAGGGGGAUUUCAGGCUGAAGAAACUCCAGGAUGCAGGCGAAGAGAACAUUAAGCUUUCAACAAUUAUGGAUUUACUUGAAGGCUCGUUUUAUGGAAUGGAUCUGUUGAAGUUGCAUUCACUCACAACGAAACUCAUUGGUCGUGUUGAGAAUAUAGAAAAGGCCGUUUCUCAAAACCACACCAAGGAGCGAGCCGGUCUGAAGAACAGCCUUAAAGAGCAGGCACACGCAGAGGAGAGUCCAUUACCGAAGCGCGGCGAGAAGAAGAAUCGUCUAAGCGAGCUGGGAGAGGCUGCAGCAGCCUACUCACAUGCGCAGAAGUUUGAAGAGAGGUUUGUUGGGAGCCAGGGAUUCUCCAGACCCUCACUGAAGAGAAGUCAGCCCCAAGCCCCAACAGUGCCCCAGAAGCAUCGGGAGGGACAGCGGAUACCCAGCUGGGCUAAGAAAGGUCCACAAGGGACAGUCAUCAGAGGGAUUACCUAUUAUAAAUCUAACACUGUGGAGGACGGGGAUGAGGAUGAGUUACCAGAGGAGGAAUUUCUGAGUGGUGAUGGUUCUAUUGAUCUGUUGAUUGAAGAUCAGCUGCUCAAGCACAAACCCCCACACCCCAGGGCCAAUGGGAGGCUGAGGUCAGUGGCUGCUCUACCCACAGCAGCCAGAACAGAUAAAGGAGGGACUUGGGGUCCACGGUCUGUCCAGGUGCCCAAAACAAACCCUCCCACACAGGAGACUGCCACCACACCUACAGCAACCCUCCCUGAGAGCUUUUCAGGGUCUACUGUAAUCAAUGGUACAGGGUCUACCCUGGGGAGUACCACUCAGGAGACAUCCAGGACCACUGAGGUGCCCACCAGUGCAGAGGCCAUUCCCAUGAGCACAGCAGCCGUGAAUGAGACCACGGUGACCAAUCCCGAGAGCUUAGCAGCCAUUCCUGGGUCCCCAUCAGCCAUUCCUGGGUCCCCAUCAGCCAUUCCUCAGUUCACAUCAGCCAUUCCUGAGUUCACAUCAUCCGUUCCAGAGAGCACAGAAACCAUUCCUAAGACCACAGCACCCAUUCUGGACACCACAGCACUCAUUCCAGAGGCCACACCAGCCAUUCCUAUAAACAAAACAGACAUUACUAUGACAACCAUAACCACUUCCAAAACCACAACAAUAAUUCAAGAGCUCACAACGCCCAUUCCUAAAAUCACAACAGUCGCUCCCAAGAUCCCAUUGACAUUUCCCACAACCACAGUGGCCACUACUAUUACCACUACUGCUCACACCACCACUACGCCUACACCCACCACCUCUCCCAACCCCACCACAUCACCUACUCCACAAACAACCAGCAUAAGAACAGAAUCUGCCACCUUGUCUCUGUUGACCACAUCCCCAGUAUUAACGCAAAGAGAAACCUCCACCUCUGCUGCUCUAACUACGGCAGCCACCCACCAGAGAUCAACAGCUAAACGAAAGUACCGCAUCAGCUGGACUGGGAGCUUGACUGAAGAAAAGUUCAGGGAGGAACCACAGAUCAGCAGUCCAGAGGAAUGUAAGGAUACCUUGGCCAUGAUAUCUGACCCUGUUACUCAGAAUACGUACGGCCGAAAUGAGGGUGCAUGGAUGAAGGACCCCAAGGCGCUCAACGACAAGAUCUAUGUUACAAAUUACUAUUACGGAAACAAUCUGCUGGAAUUCCGCAAUAUGGAGAUUUUCAAACAAGGGCGCUUUACCAACUCCUACAAACUGCCCUACAGCUGGUUUGGCACAGGCCAUGUGGUGUAUAAUGGUGCCUUCUACUACAACCGGGCCCACUCCCGUGAUAUCAUCAAGUUUGACCUGCGGAGGCGGCUUGUGGCAGCGUGGACCAUGCUACACGACGCCAUGUUCGAGGACACCGCACCCUGGAGGUGGAACGGCCACUCCAACGUCGACUUUGCGGUGGACGAGAGUGGGCUGUGGGUCAUCUACUCGGCAAUAGACGACGAGGGCUUUCAUCAAGAGGUGAUCAUCCUGAGUAAGCUGAACCCCAGCGACCUGAGCAUGCAGAGGGAGACAUCUUGGAGGACGGGCCUGAGGAAGAACUUCUUUGGCAACUGCUUUGUCGUCUGUGGUGUUCUGUACGCCGUCAACAGCUACAACGAGAUGAACGCCAACAUCCAGUAUGCAUACGACACCCACACAAACACGCAGAUGGUACCCAGGUUCCCCUUUGUGAACAACUACACUUACACCACGCAAAUCGACUAUAACCCCAAGGAUCGAAUUCUAUAUGCAUGGGACAAUGGUCACCAGGUUACAUACAAUGUUAUAUUUGCCUACUGAGAAGGGCAGCUGGAAAAAUAUAGCUAUCUGAAAAGUCCCAGCACAUUUUUGUAUAAAAAAGACUAAAGGGAAAAAAAGAAUAAAUUCUAUGUGUGAGUGGAUUGUAGAUCAGUCUACCCAUUGUAUCAUGCAUCAACCAUUUGUAUAGCUAACUGUUCUGCCGUAAAUGUUUUGUUUUCAAUUUCUGUUUUUUCAUAAACUAUUUAAUGUUUGCUUUUUUACCUCUUGGCGGGCUGGCAAAUUAAAUCAGUCACUGAAUAAUGGUCAUACGUUUAUGGUAUUGGCUCUCAGAAAUCCAUUGUAGUAUAUACUAUAUAUACUGGUAUUCAAAAUGACAACCUACCAUGAAUUGAAUGACUGUUGUCUGAGUAAAAUGGAGACAGUAGAACAUGAAUAGCUAGAGAAAUUUACUGGGAUAGUGACUUAGAAAUUUCAUUUAAACAGGAAAACUACACAGUAAAGUAAAGUACAGAUUAACAAUAAAUAAUAAAUUUUAAUAAAUAUUAACUAUCAAAUCUGGAACACAUAAAAUCUUAGACCAUUAUUUAGCUGUAACAAUGUAACAAAGUUGGAAUCAAAAGAUAACUGGUUAUACAUACUAUAUUUCUGUUUUUAUCUAGUUAACAUUGCUCAACAGAUGCUUUAUGAUAUCUCCUUAAGUUGUGAAAGCACUUAUUCCUUUUGCAUUGGGCUAUACUUGUUUCAUAAGUGUUUUGAGCAGCCUUCAUUAAAAAUGUCUUAAAUCCUUCA